AUGGGUCUGGAGCUGUACCUGGACCUGCUGUCCCAGCCCUGCCGUGCAGUCUACAUCUUCGCCAAGAACGGCAUCCCCUUUGACCUUCGCACAGUGGAGCUGACCAAAGCUGGGCUGGGCCAGCAGCACAGAGAUGCCUUUGCCCAGGUGAACCCCCUGAGGAGAGUGCCAGCCUUGAAGGAUGGGGACUUCACCUUGGCUGAGAGUGUGGCUAUCUUGCUGUGUAUAAACUGCAUGUACAAAGCGCCUGACCACUGGUACCCCCAGGACCUGCAGGCCCGCGCCCGUGGGGAUGAGUACCUGUCAUGGCAGCACAUGGCCCUGCAGAGUAGCUGCUGCUGGGUCAUGUGGCAGAAGGCGAGCCAUGGAGGGCAGGGACACCUCCCAAGAUGCCAAGGGAUGGUGCUUUCACUUUACAAAAUCCUGUUUAGACCUGAGACCAAAUCCUGGAAUGCCAGAGACUGCCUAAUUCAUCCAACUUGUUUCAUAGAGGGGAAACCAAGGACCAGAGCCAAGGAAUGA